AUGAGAUUGCAGGCUCACGAAAUACGAACGAGACUACCGUCUUACGUUCCGGUCACCGAGUGCGGUUACCUGUACGUUUCCGCAAAUAGUUGCACAGUCAACAACCGAUACGGUGUAGUAUUAUUCCUAUACUACACGCAUGCUACACUCUUUUUUUUCUUUUUUUUGUUUCCUGAGCCCACGCCUUCGACCACCUCAGUUUGGUUCCGUCGACUUCAGUCAACCUUGGCGAAAGCUGGCCUGAUCACCCACGCUCUUGUCAACGCACUCAGUCGAUAUAUUGGUUUGAAUGUUUGGCACACGCUUGGUCUCGAACUAGGUCCUUGCGGUCGCUUCUGUCUCAACGUGCUUUCGUCCUACGUCUACAGCGUUUCUGGUCCGCAUUUCCUACGACCGCCAUCUUCAGAUUCUGGAUACAAACCACUC